AUGUUGAGAGGUUGGCCGGCGGGCGUCUCCGCAGCCAGCGGCGGGGGAGCUGGAGCCGUGAUUCUGAUGAGUGCGACAAUCAACAGGGACAAGUUUUCGGAGUACUUCGACGAGGCGCCUGUCAUCAGGAUUCUGGGCAAGGCACACCCGGUCACUCGGUUCUUUCUUGAGGACCUCGUUUCAGAAAACAUUGUGACCGCAAAACCGUUUCAAAAGUGUGCUUCUGACGCGGUCCGGAUUGUUCCCGACAUUUUCAUGCACAUCGUGGAGAUGAAGCCUUCCGAAGCAAUCUUUUGUUUCCUGCCCGGGUGGAACGAGAUCAACAAAGUGCGAGCAGAGCUUUGCGAGGGAGCUCCCGCGAUGUUUGACAACUGGAAUCUGCCGCUGCAAUCGCGUCUCCGAUGCCAGGAACAGCAAAAGAUCUUUGAAAAUCCUGCAGCAGAUGUGCGCAAAGUGAUCCUGUACACCAACCUUGCUGAGACAUCCGACACUGUCGACGACGUGGUGUACGUUGUAGGCACUGGUCUUCACCGAGACCAGUGCCUGCUCGGUACGUUCCCCACGUUGAUGGCCAGUGUCCAGCAGCGAGCGGGUCGCGCAGGUCAUGGACGAUCUGGAGAGUCAUGCCACCUAAUCACGCAAAAUGAGUUCCUCUCCUGGGACCAGUUCAAGCGCCCCGAGCUACAGACCACCGACCUAACAAUGGUGGUCUUCGACUAUAAAACCAUUGCAGCCAAUGCACCGCACCUGCCCUAUGACGAAAUCGAAGAGGAGGCAUCUGGCAGGGACGUGGUGCCCGACAACGCCGGCACCAAAAGAACUAUUUACGACAUCAUGACAGGACGGCAGCUCACAGUGUCCAGCAUGUCCAAUCUCCGGAUAGACCGUGAGCUCAUGGCGAAGGUUGAGAAGUCAUGGAAGUACUAG